CACUAAAGGCCAGAACCUGAGAAUCUUUAGCCUUUAAGCAACCUUUUCACCAAGCUAUUCUGCAAAUUUCUGUCCUUUUUAUGAAAUGGGUUUUUAAAAAGCAGUCCGUAUUAAUUUUCUUCUUCAUCCUCUUGAACCUGCAUGAAUUGCAAUCAUCUUGAAAUCAACCAUGGGAAAAACAAGAGCAGUCACACACGCAGAUCUUGCACCAAGUCAUGGAAGUACGGGUUUGGGUAGUAAAACAGCUGCCUUCCUCAUGGUCUUGACCAUUGUUUGUGGCCUAUUUUGUUUCGUUCUUUGCCUUAUAGCUGAAGCAGCUCGUUCCCAGGUGACACGGGUGAACUCUGAUAGUAAAGAAAAUGACGAGGAUUCCCAAUGUAUAUAUACUGGCAGUGGCAAGAUACCAUUGUUAUGCGCUGCUAUUGCAUUUGUAGGUCUAGCAGUUGCCAUGGUUGUGGAGCAUAUGUACAUGUUGAUAGCAGUGAGCAAAGCAACGCCUCCGGCUCUAGUUGUUUGGGACCCCAAUUCUGCUUAUUCCAAGACCUUCACAUGGAAGGCAGGAUUUUUCUUUGUUACAACUUGGAUAUGCUUUGCUGUUGGGGAAAUCUUGUUGUUAAUUGGGGUGAGUGUGGAAUCAGGGCAUUUGAAGAAUUGGUCUAGACCAAGGCCGAAUUGCCUCAUCGUUAGAGAAGGCUUGUUCUCUGCUGCAGGAAUCUUUGCAUUGUUAACAGUCUUCUUUGCCGCUGGAUUAUACUUGACAGUAUUAUGUGCACAAAGAAUGAUCCAAGAGCACGAAAACACACGGCGAGAGAUACUUGAGGCCUCUGCCCUCUACGCGUCUCCGCCAAGGUCACCUCAACAUCAAAUGAUCACAACUUCCAUUGCGAGAGAGAAUCCAGUUGUUAGAGAGGAUCAGAUUGAGCAAUCAUCAUUCACAUAUCCACCAGCUUUCGCCAAGCAGUUACAUUUGGUACUGUAAAGCACGAAAAGGAUAUUUAUGCUGGUGCCCUUAGCUGCUUAGCAAAGCCAGAGGCAGAAGCAAGAGAUCUAGGGCAAGUAAUCAUGUGGAGGGAAUUUGUAUAUUUACAUGAAAUUCUGAUUGGUAUAA